AUGCAACUCCUUAGGGUCCUCGCCUUUGUGGGCUUCUUGACCUUGGCAGGAUGCUCUCCAAGGCCAACGAGCCCCCAAGCAGCAUCUUCACCAGCCCCUCAUGUAAUCAAAGCACCCCUUCGUCGCAUGGAGACAACUUCUGCGCGGCGAAGGUUGGCCAACAUCCGUAACACUCAGGUCCACCCGCCGCAGCCGCACGUCAAGCACUACUUCCAAAGCCCCAACGGGACAUUCCCAAGGACCAACCUCAGCAACAUCUUUGAUGGUUAUGAGUACAUGGUGGACGUGACGGUCGGCACCCCGCCGCAAAAUAUCACCGUCAUCUUUGACACGGGCUCGGACCAGACAUGGCUCAACCCACAGUGCAUCGGCAUGUCUCAUCAGGCCAUCUGUGUGGCUUCAGGGAGCUACAACAGCUCCGAGUCGAUAACUGCCAAGAAUCUGUCUUCUGAGUUCUCCAUCAUCUAUGGCUCUGGCACGGUCGAGGGCUGGUAUAUGAGGGACACCGUCUCCAUUGCAGGACUUGCCGCUGAAAAUGUCCAGUUCGGUGUUGCCACAUAUUCGUAUGCCAUGGACUCGGGCAUACUCGGGUUGGGAUACGACAGUGUGUUUAUGGAUGAGCUACAAGGCCAGGGGAAGAUCGACUCCAAAGAUUUUAGCGUCAGCCUGGGGCCCAAUGGAUCACCAAAUGGAGAGAUUGUGCUUGGUGGCGUGGACACCAGAAAGUACUUUGGUCCACUCAAGUCGAUCCAGAUGCUAGAUGACGAGGGACCUUUUGCCUCGGUGCUUCACUAUUCCGUCAACCUGACAUACAUGGGCGUGACCUCCAAAGGCUCAUGUAGAUCCACAGCAGCGACUGAGGCGGACUUUGUGACUCCCACCCUCGUCGACACGGGAAGCACCAUUGCCCACCUGCCCUUUGCGGCCGCCAACCGGACUGCUGCCAUGAUACCCGGUACCCGCUUCGACCCCUACACGCAGAUGUGGAAAGUCAGUUGUCACUAUGCUGGAUCGGCCGAGACUGUGGACUUUGCCUUUGGUGACGUCGUUGUCAAUAUUCCCAUGCGCGAGUUCAUCUGGCGCAACGUCCCCAUGGGAGGCCAGUGCUACUUGGGGCUUGUUGGUGACGCCGACAGUAUCGGAUUCUCUGUUCUUGGAGAUAGUUUUCUGCGGGCUCUUGUCGCUCUUUAUCAACCGGACAGGAAGCUGUUAAACAUAGCCCCCUACUCGGACUGCGGCUCCGAUGUCCAGUCCAGCAACGCAACUGCAAGCAACCUCACCGGCAAAUGCAGCCGUCCAUCCUGGGACACAUGCACCUUCAGGCCAACCCCUGUACCGCUGCCAGCCACCACAUCGGCCAUGUGGACUCCAACCUGGCCGACCACAACAGCAACGUCGGGCGUAUUCCCCACAAGUGAGGCAACUUUUCUGCUGCCGCCCACCGAGGCUAUAACGGAUGUCCUAGAGACAUCUACUAGCAUAGACUGGGGAUUCCAGACGUCAGUCUUCACAGAUCCCAUGACAACCCGUUCGUACUCGACAUGUUACGAUGAAUUCUACGAGACGAUGCUAGAGUGUGAGGUCAGGACAAAAACCACAACUGAUUACUGGGGCAACACCAUCACCCUCUCGAGUACUUUAAUCUGGGAUAUUCCAUUGCCACUCACCGACGAAACAUCGACACCCUUGUCCAUGGCGAUUGGCAACCCGGGUCUCCCUACGAUCCCCGAAGUCACCGCCACGACAUCCAUCACCGAAACCGCUCCACUGACAACCUACGAGCCAAGUCUCAGUUUCGAGUACACGUCGACAUCCACCAAACAAGGCCCCUGCUUCUCCUACCACGAGUGCAUCUUGACCUUCAGCACCCCGGUCGGCGGCAGCAUCGCCUCCGAGGUGACCGAGUGCGGGACCUACUGGACCUGCACCGAUGCCGCGCCGUCGUCAACAUCUUCUUCCUAUUCGCUCGACCUGGACACGACCUCGGCGUCAUCCUUGGACUGGUUUCCGACGAGCCAUGUCACCGGCGCCGUCACGCCCAGCAGCGAAGCCAUCUUCCCCCUACCCACGGUCGUUCCCACCCCCAUCAGCUCCGACUGGUCGGCGGUUUUACCCAUAGACACCGAGAUGGAGACUGGCGCGACCUUCAGCACGGACGCCGCUGCGCUGCCCACCUCUAGCAGCACCUCCAUCUACUGCACCACGUCUUGGGUCUACGUGACGCUUUACAGCACCGUCUACAGCACCCCUGAGCCCAUCAACACUUGGACGAUGGCGGGUCGGAAGUAG